AAGCAGACUGCCACAGCUACCGCUCGGAGAGGUUGUGCUGCCUGACUGGCGAUUUGAACUGUUCCUGUUUCCUCCAGACUUGAACUCCCAUUUUCCACUGGUAAGAUGUCUGACACCGAGCAGGAACUCCAACGGGUGAUCCGUCGCCACUAUCGCGAAAAAAGGGAGCUACAAGCACACAUCCAGACUUUGAAAGCUUCCGUCCCAAAGAACGACAAGGGCAGACGGAAGCAGAUGCUCGCGGACAUCUCCCGCCUCGAGGCCGAGAUGGAGCAGAGGCACAAGCAGGAGCUGGAGAAAUUUGGAGAAAAUCCUGACAGCAGUGUGGAUUCGGUUACAGCCGACCUCGAAAAGAUGAAUCUCGAGAAUAUGCCUCCACGCCCACCCAAGGCCCAGAAACGGCGCGACCGAAGAGCUCACCAGGAGAGACGGCACCAGGAGAGGAUGCCUGCGGCCCAGGCCGAACAACUGGCUGCCAACCGUCGUGAGGAGGAGGAAAAGGUCGCUGCCAUUCUAGGGGCUAAAAAUUUGGAGAUGAAGACCAUCCCAGCUGACGGCCACUGCAUGUAUCGUGCCAUCCAGGAUCAGCUGGUGUUCUCCGUGACAAUCGAGAGCCUUCGCUACCGCACUGCCUACUACAUGCGGAAACAUAUUGAUGACUUCUUACCUUUCUUCACCGAGCCCGAGGCCGGCAACUUCUACACCCGAGAGGACUUCCUGAGGUACUGUGAUGACAUUGUGCACAAUGCUUCGUGGGGAGGUCAGCUGGAGCUGAGAGCCCUGUCGCAUGUCCUGCAGACCCCCAUCGAGGUGGUACAGGCCAACUCACCCACCAUUGUCAUCGGGGAGGAGUACACCAGGAAGCCGGUCACGCUGGUCUAUCUGCACUACGCCUGCGACUUCGGAGAGCACUACAAUUCGGUGAAGCCCAUUGAGGUUGCUGGAGCAUUUGGAGGAAUGGCACCGCGCCUCUUCUAGAACUUUCCAGCAGACGCGAAGGAACUCUGCCCUAGGCGCCAUCUUUGUCACCUCUCCGGCCGCGGUUCCUCUGGAAGAAUAGAAGCAGCUCCGGCUGCUGGGAGAACUGAAACUGCUACGGCGUCUCUUAGUAAGAGCAGUUGCUUUUCCUUUGCUGGUUUGCAUUUAUGUUUGUUUUUCAAGAUUUGUUUAAUGUCUGUGUCCUGCCUCUUUUUUGUUUGUGUGUUUGGGGCGGGGGUUGUUAGGUUGUUUUGGUUUGGGAGGCGUUGGGUAUUUUUUGUUCGUUUUUCCCCCCCUCUCAGAUUUUUUUUUUUUUUUUUUUUUGGUGUGGCUCCUUUCAUGUGGCAGGGAACGGCAGGCAGUCUAUACACAGGAUAAUACGUCUUUGGGACACCUAAGGGGCUUUAAGAUUCAACUCUAACUUCAUUUGGCCCUUAGGUACCAUUUUCUUAAAGUUUUAAUUAAUGUUAGGCUGAAAAUGGAAAUUGUGGGUUUUCUCAAUGUUUACCUGGGCUGAAAUAAGUUUAGUAGAAUGGUUCAGGUUGUGGGAUUUUCCCUGCAAAGUAGAGUUGGUGUGGCUGAAAUGACUUAUACGUGUUUUUCAGUUAGAAAAAAAAAAUGCCCCAGCCGGCUGGCUUGCUCUUAAGCAAUGUUAAAAUGCCUGGGUUAUGAAUAAGCCUUCAAGGAAUAAUUUGCUUGUUUGGUUUUAUUUUUCAUUCAAACUUGUGCAACCAGCCAUAAAUGGGUUUUAGCUGCCCAGAUAUUUUCUUUUUUCCUUUUUUCUUUUCUUUUUUUUUUUUUUUUUGGAGGGGGGGGGUUGGUUCACAGACUUUGUUGAUUCAACAGUGAACAGCAAAGAAAAACGUUAUCAUUCCAGGGGCUUCAACGUAGUCGUGAAAGCCACCCUUGGAAGCCCAGAUAGUUUCUAAGCACUAACACAACUGUUUUUUUUUUUUUUUUCUAAUAGGUAAAUGUAACUGUUAGAUGCAGAAAUUCAGUUUAAAUGAACCAGUACCUGAAGUAAGCUUUAUCUUAAAGAUGUGAAAGACCUGAACUUAGUGACAUGGUUUGUUAAUUUUUAGAGAGAAAAAUAUAUAUUAAAAGUUUUUGUAUAAAGGAAAGCAGAGAACAAUACAGCUCGGUUUCUAUUAGAAAUUCCUUGUUCUCUUAAAUGUGGCAUUCAAAAGGAAGAGCAAGAAUGGAAUGGUUUACAGGUUUAAAAUUCACUACUGUAUGUUAGUGAACUUACUUAAAUACAUUUUAAAAAUGCAUUGUCACUUCCAAAUGAUCUCAAAUAGUAUAUGUUAGUUUAAAAACUUUUUGGAAAACGUAUGCAAUGUGUUAAAAAUAAAAGCAGCUUUUGAAAUA